AUGGCCAAUUUGUGUGUUGAAAUCAUUUCAAGAGAAACCAUCAAACCAUCUUCACCAAAUGUUCACAAACUUGAUCCUUUCAAAAUCUCAUAUCUUGAUCAACUCACUCCCACUACUUUUGUUCCACUCAUCUUCUUUUACACAAGAGAUGGUGUUAACCCCGUCAACACAUCCGAAACCCUAACCCGGCUCAAGAAAUCCCUCUCCGAGACCCUUGAUAUCUAUUAUCCAUUCUCUGGAAGAAAUAGAGAUAACAUUGUUGUCAAUUCAUUUCAAGAAGGUGUACCGUUCUUUGUAGCCAAAACAAAUUAUCGCAUGGUCGAAUUUUUAAGAACUCGAGAAACCGAGUCACUUAACAAAUUCGUUCCGUGUCAACCCUUCGACAAAGAAAAAGACAUGGGAGUACCUAUUGUGAGUUUUCAAGUGAACAUUUUCGCUUGUGGUGGCAUGGCGAUUGGGAUGUGUUUUUCACACAAGCAUGGCGACGGAACAACGUUCGCUAGUUUCUUUAAAACUUGGGCGGCACUUUCGCGCGGGUCUAGUUUAGAUAAAGCAAUGUAUGCAAAUCUUGGCAAUGCAUCAACUGUUUUUUCCCCACGGAAUCCAUUGCCACAAGCUUACACAACCCUAAUGGAGACCUUGUGGUUCUCCGAGAGAAAACUCGUUACAAGGAGAUUCGUUUUUGACGCAAAAUCAAUAACAACACUAAGAGACAAGGCAAAAGGUACUACUGAACAAGAUCAGUCAUUGCCAUCGCGUAUCGAAGCAAUAACCAGUUUCAUCUGGAAAUGUUACAUGGCGGCUUCAAGAACCACUUUAGGCACCACAAAAGCAUCAUUGUUGGUGCAAGCAGUGAACGUGAGGCCGCGAUCGAUGUCAAACUUAUUAGAUGGUGCAAUUGGGAACUUGUUUUGGUGGGGAGCAGCACUGGCAAAUCCUGCUGAUUCAGAACUAAAUCAUUUGGUGGGGAAGAUGAGGGAAGGUGUUAGUCUUUUUGAUGAUGAUUAUUUGAAGAGUUUACAAGGUGAAGAAGGGUUUGAAGCCAUGUCCAACCUACUAGACCAACUAGAGGAGAUCAUCUCUAUUGAAAAACCAGAUGUGCUGGCUUUUACUAGCUGGUGCUAUCAGGGUGUGUAUGAAUUGAAUUUUGGAUUUGCCGAGCCGGUUUGGGUUGCUGUGAUGGGGAAAGCUGGAGUAGAAUUUAGAAACCUGGUUGUGUUUUUUGAGACCAAAUGGGGUAAAGGUAUUGAAGCUUGGAUUACCUUAGAUGAAAUGAGAAUGGCUGCUCUGGAACAAGACCCUGAGUUCCUAGCAUUCGCUUCUCCAAAUCCGGUGAUUUCAAGCUUGUGA